GGGCGGUAUAAUUCUGGGUAAGGAAGAGAGAGAGAACGGUUAAAGCAGGAAGCCGGGUCUGUUCCAGAGCUGAUGUGUUACUGUAGCGGCUGUAGAUCAGUAGAUUAGGAGUUUAGCGGGUUUAUUAUUCAUUAUAACGGCUGUUUAUUGCUGAAUCUGCGGCUCCGGUAUGAACACGGUUCUCUCCCGCGCGAACUCUCUGUUCGCUUUCUCUCUCAGCGUGAUGGCCGCGCUCACUUUCGGCUGCUUCAUCACCACCGCCUUCAAAAACCGCAGCGUUCCGGUGCAGAUACAGGUUUCUAAAGUCCUGCUAAAAAACGUGGAUGACUUCACAGGUCCGAGGGAGAGGAGCGAUUUGGGAUUCGUGACGUUUGAUAUUACUGCUGAUCUUCAGCCCAUAUUUGACUGGAAUGUGAAGGAGCUCUUUCUUUACCUCUCGGCGGAGUAUUCGACCAGAAGCAAUGUUCUGAACCAGGUGGUUCUUUGGGACAAGAUAGUUCUGAGGGGGGAAAAUACCAAACUGAACCUGAGGGACAUGAAGUCCAAAUACUUCUUCUUUGAUGAUGGAAACGGCCUGAAGGCCAAUAAGAACAUCACCCUCACCCUGUCCUGGAACGUGGUGCCGAAUGCUGGGAUCUUGCCGCUGGUUAUGGGAUCUGGACACGUCUCCCUCCCUUUCCCUGAAUCAUACGAAACCACCAAGAGCUACUGAUCCGUCCCCAAAACACGUCUUUAAAUGUUUUUUUUUUUUUUUUUGUGCACUGUUGUGGAUUUUAAUAAAAACAGACAAAAAACUGUG